AACAUUGUUUUCCUUCAGUCUCUUAAGAUCGGUUGAGAUUGUGUCGAAGAAGGAUUUCCCGGUAGAAUGAGCGACGGAGACGACGCCGCAAGACGCCGUACUGCGGCGAUUUCCGAUUACAGGAAGAAGCUUCUCCAGCACAAGGAGCUAGAGUCCCGUGUUCGAUCAGCUAGGGAGAAUCUAAGAUCAUCUAAGAAGGAAUUCAACAAAAGCGAGGAUGAUUUGAAGUCUCUUCAAAGUGUUGGGCAGAUAAUUGGAGAAGUACUACGACCACUGGACAAUGAACGAUUGAUUGUCAAAGCAAGCAGUGGCCCCCGUUACGUGGUGGGUUGCCGCAGCAAGGUAGAUAAAGAGAAACUGACCUCGGGAACUCGAGUUGUUCUCGAUAUGACAACAUUAACCAUCAUGCGUGCCCUUCCUCGAGAGGUCGAUCCUGUUGUUUAUAGCAUGCUUCAUGAAGACCCUGGCAACAUUAGCUACUCAGCUGUUGGUGGUUUAUCUGAUCAGAUCAGAGAGCUUAGGGAAUCUAUUGAGCUACCUCUAAUGAAUCCAGAACUCUUCCUUAGAGUAGGGAUCAAGCCUCCAAAGGGUGUCCUUCUUUAUGGACCUCCCGGUACUGGCAAAACACUACUAGCUAGGGCUAUUGCGAGCAACAUUGACGCCAACUUCUUAAAGGUUGUUUCUAGUGCAAUUAUAGACAAAUAUAUUGGGGAAAGUGCUAGGCUGAUUCGAGAGAUGUUUAACUAUGCCCGUGAUCACCAGCCUUGCAUCAUUUUCAUGGACGAAAUCGAUGCUAUUGGUGGGCGUCGGUUCAGCGAGGGAACUAGUGCUGAUCGUGAAAUUCAGAGAACACUUAUGGAGUUGCUCAACCAGCUUGAUGGAUUUGACCAACUCGGAAAGGUGAAAAUGAUAAUGGCCACGAACAGACCUGAUGUUCUUGAUCCUGCUCUUCUCCGUCCGGGUAGGCUUGACAGGAAGAUAGAGAUCCCCUUACCUAAUGAGCAAUCAAGAAUGGAAAUCCUCAAGAUCCACGCUGCUGGUAUUGCUAAACAUGGUGAAAUAGACUACGAGGCUAUAGUGAAACUCGCUGAGGGAUUCAAUGGCGCUGAUAUGCGUAAUAUCUGCACUGAAGCUGGAAUGUCCGCUAUCCGAGCAGAACGUGACUACGUCAUCCAUGAAGAUUUCAUGAAGGCGGUGAGAAAGCUGAGCGAGGCCAAGAAACUGGAGUCGAGUUCACAUUACAGUGCAGAUUUCGGAAAAGACUAAGAAAAGUAACAUCUCGAGCUUCGAAUGAGGCGUGCGGGCUAAGGGAUGGGAGGGCAGUGCACGGAAUUUCGGCUCUUUGGAUGCGAAAACUUGUUCUUUUUUCGAUGAGGAAAGCUUAAGGAAUGUGCAUUUUGGUGUGGCAGCAUGAAAACAAUCAUAUGGAUUGCCCUUUUCUAAAGUGUAUUUCUUCCAAAUGCUUUCUCGACAGCACUGGAGUUACAAGCUUAGUGCUCUUGGUUUAUACUCGAAUACUCUUUCGCUUAAAGGUGGAUUCUUGUGUUCUCUCUC